UGGAGUCAGGGCUAUCGGGGACUGCCAGCCAGCCAGCCAGCCAUGGGCCAGGAUUAUUACGCUGCCCUCCACAUCACUCGCAAUGCAGAGGAUGCCCAGAUCAAGAAGGCGUACCGGAAACUUGCCCUUAAGCACCAUCCAUUGAAGUCCGUUGAGCCAGCCUCAGUGGAGAUAUUCAAGCAAAUAGCAGAGGCCUACGAGGUGCUGAGCGACCCUGUGAAGAGAAGCAUCUACGACAAGUUUGGAGAAGAGGGUCUGAAGGGCGGGAUUCCUCAGGAGUUUGGGUCGGAGACCCCAUGGGCGACUGGUUAUGUCUUCCACGGCAACGCUGAGAAGGUUUUCCACGAGUUCUUCGGAGGAAACAACCCCUUUAGUGAGUUUUUUGAUGCAGAAGGAAAAGAGGUGGAUUUGAACUUUGGGGGGCUCCGGGGCCGAGGGGUCAAGAAACAGGACCUCCCAAUACAAAGAGACCUCUACCUUUCCCUGGAGGACUUAUUUUUUGGCUGCACCAAGAAAAUCAAGAUCUCCCGCAGGGUGCUGAACGAGGAUGGGUAUUCCUCCACCAUCAAGGACAAGAUCCUCACAAUUGAUGUGAAGCCUGGUUGGAGGCAAGGCACACGGAUCACCUUUGAGAAGGAAGGUGACCAGGGCCCCAACAUCAUCCCAGCAGACAUCAUCUUCAUCGUGAAGGAGAAGCUACACCCUCGCUUCCGCAGGGAGAAUGACAACCUAAUUUUUGUGAACUCCAUCCCCUUGGGCAAGGCUCUGACCUGUUGCACCGUGGAGGUGAAGACCCUAGAUGAUCGGCUACUCAACAUCCCCAUCAAUGACAUCAUCCAGGAGCAAACUAUCUGGAACGAGCCAGCCUCCUCUCCUCCCACCCAGUUCUGGCUGAAGAAAGCUACUGCCCAUGGUGGAAGCUGUAGGACUGCCCCAUGCCUGAGUCCUAAGUACUGCAAGAAGGUGCCAGGUGAGGGGAUGCCAUUGCCUGAGGACCCCACCAAGAAGGGGGACCUCUUCAUCUUCUUUGAAAUCCAGUUCCCCACCCGCCUCACCCCCCAGAAGAAGCAGAUGCUGCGCCAGGCAUUGCUGACGUAACUGGUGGGCUGG